GCGAUGUUGGAGUAGUUAUGUAGUUAUUACAGCUGAUUGUCAAUGAUAAAAUGUGUCCAGUGUUGAACGUCAAUAGAGACUAUUUAAAUUGUCAGAACAUAUUUGUAAUUUAAUUAUUAGAAUCACAAAUAAUCUCACACAAUUUGUCCCGUGUUUUAUUCCAUGCAUAGUUUAAUUGUAAUUGGAAUUCUAACCAACAAUUUGCAAAGAAUCCUGUAAGAGAGUAUGACAUUUCUGGAGUGGAGGCGUUUUAAUUUCUUUGAGCUGAACAAAGAUGUGGACUCUGGGAAAAUUGCUGAAACACUUAAAGAUGCAAAGGUCAGUGUUGCUACAAGUGGGCAUGGUCAUCUUGUUUUCGGAGAUUCAGAGGGAAAUAUUCACCUUGUCAGUCGUUCGUUUCAAGUCACAACAUUUCGGGCGUAUGAGUUGAAUGUGAUACUAGCAGAACAGCUGCACCACAUAGCUAUACUUGUUACUGUUGGGGAAGAUGAACCUGGGGUAAAUCCUGUUAUCAAGGUUUGGAACUUGGACAGGCUGGACAAACAGGGUCACCCAGUAUGUUUGCGCAUCUCCCGUGCCAUUCCAAACAACAAACCAAUUCCUGCCACAGCUCUGUCUGUGUAUGAUAACCUGAACCUCAUGGCUGUGGGGUUUAGUGAUGGCUCCAUUCUGCUGUACAGAGGUGAUGUUACAAGAGAACGUACCAAUAAGCAGAAAGUAUUGAAAGAUGGAAACUCCUCUAUCACAGGACUGGCUUUCCGAACAACAGCAAAGCUGACAUAUUUAUUUGUAGCAACAAUGAACAAUGUGUAUUUGUAUAAUAUCACUAUGAAAGAUAAAGAACAGAAGAUUCACUUGGAUGGAAUGGGUUGCAUGAGACGUUGCUCAGUGCUGGCUGAAUCAGUGCAGGAGAGCCAUUUCAUGAUUGGGAGGAAUGAUGCAGUGUACUGUUAUACUCCAGAUGGCCGAGGACCAUGCUAUGCUGUGGAGGGAGAGAAAAUAAUGCUGCAGUGGUUCCGAAAUUAUCUCGUUAUUGUUGCUAAAGACACCAAGACUGUCACUCGUGCUACUGCUACUGUCUCAGCCACAUCAACAAACUCUCUUUACAGCAAUGGGGGGGAUCUGGAGAAGCACAUGGUGACAGUCCUGGACAUCCAGAACAAGUUCAUUGUCUUCUCAGCACCAAUGCGUGAGGUGCAGGCCGUGCUCACAGAGUGGGGGUCCUUCUAUGUGCUAGGGGGAGACAAAAGGCUGUACCAACUCCAGGAGAAGGACUUGCAGUCAAAGUUGGCACUGCUGUUUAAGAAGAAUCUCUAUGAUGUGGCCAUAAGGAUUGCAAAGAGCCAACAGUAUGAUUCUGAGGGACUGAUUGAUAUCUUUCGGCAGUAUGGAGACCAUUUAUAUACAAAAGGGGACCACAGUGCAGCAAUAGAACAAUAUAUCAAGACAAUAGGGAAGCUGGAACCUUCGUAUGUCAUAAGAAAGUUUCUAGACUCACAGCACAUAGACAAGCUAACAAUGUACUUACAAGCGCUACACAAGCAAGGUCUGGCAACGGAGGACCACACAACACUUCUGCUCAAUUGUUACACCAAGUUGAACAACACUGAGAAGUUGAAGGAGUUCAUCAUGACUAAAGAUCGUGAGGUGGACUUUGAUGUGGAAAUUGCCAUAAAAGUAUGUCGCCAGGCAUCAUCGGAAGAUGCAUUGAUGCUUGCCAAGAAACAUGGAAUGCAUGACUGGUAUCUCAAAAUACAGCUUGAAGACCGGGGCAAAUACAGGGAAGCACUAGAAUAUAUCAGCAGCCUUGAAUUUGAAGAUGCUGAAUCCAACAUGAAAAAGUAUGGCAAUAUCUUAAUCCAGAAUGCUCCUGAGGAAUCAACACAGUUCCUUAAGAAGCUUUGUACAGACUACCGGCCUAGCAACAAGCCGCUUGUGGACCAGAACAUGCUGGAUGGGUCAAACAUUCCUCGUGUGGAACGAGCAAAUCCAGAAGAAUUCAUUCACUUGUUCCUCAACAAUUCAGAGAGAUUAGUGGAAUUCCUAGAACAUCUGGUCAAGGUUCAGCCCAGAUGGAGCACUCUGGUAUACAACACCCUCGUUGAGCACUAUCUGCAUGUGUGGGCAUCACUUACUGACCCAACAAGCAAAACUCAGUAUGAACAGAAGAUUCUGCACCUCUUGCAAAACUCGGACGCAAAUUAUGACAAGGAUCAGACUCUCAUUCUGUGCCAGAUUCACAACUUCAAGAGUGGCGUUCUUUAUCUCUAUGAGGAGAGCAAAUUGUAUCAGCAAAUUGUGCAGUACCAUAUCAGGCAACAGGACCAUAAGGCAGUGUUGGCAAGUUGUCGGCGGUUUGGACAUCAGGACCCCAGCCUCUGGGUGCAGGCACUUUGGUCCUGUGCUAAGGACCCCAACAUGCCUAGCUCACUCUUAUCCGAGAUCCUCGGUGUGAUAGAGAAAGAGCGUUUGCUCUCUCCAUUGCUGGUGGUGGAUGCCCUGUCCAACUCAUCAACAGCUACGCUGGGGGAAGUGCGAAACUACUUGUUAAGUGUUCUGCAAGCAGAGAGUGAGCUGGCAGAACAGGAGCAACAGCUGAUUGACAAAUAUCGGCAGGAAACUGAGAGGAUUCAUGCCCAGAUCAAUUCCAUUCAGACCAGCACAAUUAUUUUCCAAGGGUCCAGGUGCAAUGCUUGCAACCAUCAGCUGGAACUGCCAUCCAUCCACUUUCUGUGCCAACAUUCCUUCCAUCAGCAUUGCUUCCAGAGCUAUUCUGAGAAUGAAAAUGAAUGUCCUGCAUGUCUUCCAAACAAUAAAAAGAUACUGGACAUCAUCAAGUCUCAGGAACAAAUACGAGAUUUGCAUGAAACAUUCCACAGCCAGCUCGAACGAGCUGAGGACGGCUUCUCAUUGGUGGCUGAUUACUUUGGACGAGGAGUCUUCAAUAAGCUGACUGUCAUAACUGACUCUCCAGACAAAACAAAUAUCAAAUCAUCUAAACCUCUCAGUGAUGGCUCACUAUCAUAUGGUCCUGGAGCUGAGGCUCGCCUUAGGCUAGGAGAGGGUCAGGUAACACGUAAUUCCUUCGACAGCCGUACAGUACAAGGGGAUCGAAGAAAUGUUGGUAAUGUUAGUACAGUCAUUACACCUUCAGAAGGCAGGGUGAGGCUAGAAGAGAGUCGCCAUUCAGACCUGUACAGUUCUUCUCUUGAAGCAAACCUGACCUGGAAUGUGGUUGAAGCUUCCUCUCGAACAUCAGCAUCACCGGCAAGGAUUUCCCCUGCUCGGGGAUCCCCUGCCAGAGGCUCACCUGACUCUCUUCGAAAUGUGCAGCCUCUCAUUAACAAAACCCUAACCCCUCGUCAUUCACCUUCCCCCAGGGCCACUCCACCUCCCAAACCACGAACUGAGCCUUCCAGAAAUCCAUUUGAUGAAGAUGACUAUGAUGAAAGCAAAAAUCCAUUUGCAGAUGACAAAUCCACAAAUCCAUUCAGUGGGGAUGCUGAUGAUUAUGAUAAGAACUUGAAUCCAUUUGAAACAUGACUGAUUUCUUUAUUCUUAGUCAUUUGUAUAUAUACAUGAUUGCUAGAGCAGAGGUCAGGGGCCAUAUCAGCAAUGUGCUACAAUAGAUAUACAUGCCACCAUAGUUUAUAUAUUAUAAAUACCAUGUAAAUUAGAUUUGAAAGGAAAAUAUUAGGGCAAAUGGUACAGGAAAGGUGAAACAACGUGUUGUUGCAUGGUGUCAGUGAGUAAUGAUGUGCUUCUGAACAUGUUCUGUUUUUAACUUAAUUUGUGUACGUAAACCAUACUGAACGUUUUUCUGUAGGUUACAAAACAGGCAAAGCACAAUUAUUUGAACUCCUGCAACAGAAAUGUAGAAGUCAAAGUUGAUAGCCUAGGCAGAAUGUGGGCAAAUUAAUACCUUCUGAUUUGAAUUUGUAUUGCCCCCAAAUGUAUCCUCCAGUAGUAUUCAUACAAUUGCACAGUAGUGUUUUUGUCUUUCAACAUACACGCAGAAAUUUCCAUAUAAAACUUGCAUAUGUCCAACUCCUUACCAACUUUAAUUUGUGUGUCUACAGAGAUAUUGCUACCAUGAAGUAUGCAAACAUGACCUAAGUCAUGUAGAAGCCACAUAUAUAAUUUAUGGUUAUGUAAAAGCUAGAACACCAUGUUGAGCAGGGUGAUUUUGUAUGCCAAGAUUUAUUGUCUGGAAGCAUUGAGAAUACAGCUAGCAGAGAGACAAGAGGGAGUGAGAGUAUAUUUGGUUACCUAACUCAAAAACACUGCAUAAUUUUGGUUACCAUAAAGCUAAAAUAAUAUCUUUGCAUAUUCUGCUCUUGUUUUCCUGCACUGUAGCUAAAAUGCAAAGGCCAAAGGCAUUUGUAUUGCCCACAAGUAGCAUUUUACACGUACACUUGACACAUGGUUUGCUUUCCAAAUUUUUAAUCCAUAUCAAAAUAUCUGUCCAACCUUACCAUUAGCAAACAUGAAUGAGGCAUUCUAUAUGACAAGAAUACAUUUUCCCCACUUGUUUACCUUACCACUGUGAUUAGAGAAAUUGUACAGGGCUGAAAAAAAAAGGACCAAGAGCUCAUAUUAAUUUCAUAAACUGUGGCACAAUAUUGUUCCUGGGCAUAAUGGAUAUUGUGUAGUUUCCUAUUAUUGUUGCUGCUAUGGUGCCUGACUUUUACAUCAUAAGAUUUCAGACACUUAUACAAUCCUGUUCAUUUUAAGUACUGAGUUUACCUUGGUAUUGCUUUCACAUUUAAAAUGUAAUUGUUGUAGGUUGUAUGAUCUCACGACACUGCUUGUAUCAAGGUGCAUCAUGCAGUUAUUUGUUGUAUUGUAGCAUGGUGUGCUUUGAAAUAUGCAGUUAAGGAUUUCUGGUGAUGUAGCAUCAGGAAUCACUGUCAUAGUUUGGUUUGUCACAAGGCUUGGAAAAAGACACAUGCAGCAUUUACUGCUAUAAAUGAUUAUGAACAAUAUGCAUAUAAUGAUAUUCUAGCUGUAUUAUUUCUUGUCUCUCUAUUUUCAUUGUAUUAAUUUACUAGUAUACAGUACAGGCAUAUUCUUCAAAUUCCAUUUUUCAUUGCAUAAUUCAUGCAUCUUCAUUUUUCAUCAUGAAACUGAGGGGACAAAAAUAAAUCCCUGUACAUUUCAUAUAUUGCAUUCUUAUUUUGAAAGACACUAGGAGAAAAAAAAGUCCCCAACAAUCUAAAUGUGAGAAAACCAGAUAUAAAAUGUGAGGCAAACAGAGCAAGUAAGUAGACAUUGUAUUCUGACAGAAUGUUAGGAACUGUUCUUGGUCAUGCGAUCUGAUGACCUUGAAUUCUUGUGAAGUAAUAUGAUGUUAUUGUUAAUUAACCUGUGAAUAGGGUGAAUAGGUGAUGAGCGGGGCAUGAGGAUGUAUUUAAUAAAGACGAACUGUUGAAAUAAUAAUAAAAAAAAUCUUCUGUUCCCAGUUUACUCCAUGUAGAAUCUGCCAUUUUCAGAUAUGUUUUCACUUUUAUAGAUAGAUCAAGCAUACAGUGAUGUUUUCUCGACUAUUUUCAUAUAUUCUUGUGUAAAUCACACAAUGAAAAAAAAA